AUGAAGCUUUCCACCGCCACUCUCGCUGCUAUCGCUACCGCUGCUGCCGUCAACGGUCAAGCCAUUCCCGUCGCUCAAAAUGAUGCCCGUCAACUUCAAGCUCGGGAAUUCAUCAACGAACUCGAAGUUGCGGUCAAUGGCAUCACUGCUUCGCUUAACAAGCGUGAAUUCGAAACCAUGAACGAAGCGCAAUUGAUGGAAUUUGUUCAAAGAGACUUGGGCUCGGCCAUCUCGCAAUUGAUCUCGGCUUUCCUCAACCUGGGUAUUCUCGGUGACAUCUGGAACACUAUCACUACCGACCAAGCCUUGAAGGACCAAGUCUUCGGCCUUGUCAAGCUGGCCGUCUCCGGUUUGUUCGCUGCUUUGCCCAACUUGCUUUCGGCUAUCUGGAACUCGGGCUUGCUUCAAAACAUCUUCAACAAGUUGGUUAACGACACUGGCUUGCAACAAGCCAUCCUUAACCUCAUCAAGGAAGCCGUCAGCGCCAUUUUCGGUGCCCUCACCGGUGGUUCGUCUAACCAAAAGAGAGAACUUGACGCUCUUUUCGAAGAAUCGCUCGCUCAAUUGCAAGCCCGUGAUGUCAACUUUGGUGACUUGUUGGCCACCAUUAUCAAGACCGUUUGGGACUCUGGUAUUGUUCAACUGCUUUUCAACUCGAUCGUCAACUGGAUCAAGACCAACCCUGACCAAUUCCAAGCCGUGCUCAAGCAAGUCUUGUCUGUCGGCUGGUCGCUCGUUCAGACCCUUUACAACUGGGCCAAGAAUGCUGGUUUGAUUGACGCUGCCUUUAAGUGGUUGGGCGCUAACAUCGGUAACAUCAUCACCUGGGUGAUCAACUUGAUCGGCUCGUUGUUCGGUGGCUCCUCCAACGCUGCUCCUGCUCAACAAACUCAACAACAAAAGAGACAGAGAAUGAUGUACUAA